UCGGAGGUCGUCCUAGCCCUCCAACUGCUCUCUACUCAUCCGACCAUUUGCUCGUCCUCUUCCUCCUUGUACACUCCGUGACUUUAGAGAGAGAGAUGGUCGGACCGACUAGGCCUGUGUUUGUUCUGUUCGGAUCCUCCAUUGUUCAGAUGAGCUACGACAGAAGCGGUUGGGGCGCCAUUCUUGCAGACAUCUACUCUCGUAGAGCUGACAUAUUGUUGCGUGGUUACCUGGGUUGGAACUCACGGCGUGCUGUAAAUGUCCUUGACCAAAUUUUUCCCAAGGAUGCUGCUGUAAAACCUUCUUUGGUGAUAGUUUAUUUUGGUGGUAAUGAUUCUAUGGGGCCUCAUCCAUCCGGGCUCGGCCCUCAUGUCCCGCUUCCUGAAUAUAUCGAGAACAUGAGAAAGAUUGCAAGUCAUCUGAAGAGCCUUUCAGAUUCAACGCGGACCAUCUUUCUUAGUUGUCCUCCAGUGAACGAGGCCGUAAUAAAUGGAAACAUAAGGAGCGGGACUUUCAGCGAGCGGAUAAGAACCAACGAAUUAUGCCAACAGUAUUCAGAAGCUUGUAUAAAGCUUUGCCAGGAAACCAAUGUCACGUAUGUUGAUCUUUUCACUGCAGUUCAGAGAAAAGAUGACUGGAUGAAUACUUGUUUUAUAGAUGGGGUUCAUUUUUCUGCUGAAGGGAGCAAAAUAGUGGUGGCAGAGAUACUCAAGGUACUGAGAGAAGCUGACUGGAAGCCAAGUUUACACUGGAAAUCCAUGCCAAUAGAAUUUUCAGAGGAUUCACCAUAUGAUAUUGCUGCUGCUGACGGAAAGACAACGUUCAAUCCCUCCAGCUCGACUUUUUAUUGGGAGAUUCAGUGGGACUAAUUUGCAGAUGUGGAAUGAUUUCCGCACUCCUCCCUUUUCCUUAGCCUUGUCUUGCAAAAUUGUUCACACUUUUUAUUUUUAUGUUUUAUCCAAUGUGGGAUUCAUAUAUCGAAUCGUUCUCACAUACUAUUUGUCUCUUUCGGCAUGCCCUUGUUUAUUUCUGUACGUUGG